CCUGCUAUCCAUGUGCGGUGGACUAUAUGGAACUUGGAACCUCGACAGCGGCUUGGAUGUUUACCAGACCAUACUUGCCUUCACAGGAGACAAUUUUGAGACUCAGGCUCCCGUCACGCAGAACUCACGCCGCGGCUUAGUAUCCAUCUGAAGUUUGCCGUCAUUCAUCUGCACAUCACUUGAGUCCAUCCCAGUCGCUCACGCAUCGGCAUCUCGUUUUCACAAUGUCAACCAUCACAACAACGGCACUGCAAUCCGGGCAGCCGCCCAUAAUACCACUAUCCUUCAAUGCCAACCAGCCCGAGACCAUCCGCCUCUACCCGCUAUCGAACUACACAUUCGGCGUCAAGGAGACGCAGCCCGAGGAGGACCCCUCGGUGCUCGCACGCUUGAAGCGCCUGGAGGAGCACUACAACGCACACGGCAUGCGCCGCACCUGCGAGGGCAUCCUUGUCUGCCACGAGCACAACCACCCCCACAUUCUCAUGCUGCAGAUCGCAAACGCCUUCUUCAAACUACCCGGCGAUUAUCUGCGGCCGGAGGACGAUGAAGUCGAGGGCUUCAAGGCGCGCUUGGAUGAGCGCUUGGCACCCGUCGGAAGGCUGGGCGAGGGCGAGGAGGCGGGAGACUGGCAGAUUGGAGACUGCCUUGCGCAGUGGUGGCGGCCCAACUUUGAGACCUUCAUGUAUCCAUUCGUCCCGGCGCACGUUACGCGGCCCAAGGAGUGCAAGAAGCUCUACUUCAUCCAGCUACCAAACUCCAAGGUCCUGAGCGUCCCCAAGAACAUGAAGCUGCUCGCCGUUCCUCUAUUCGAGCUUUACGACAACUCUGCUCGCUAUGGCCCUCAGCUAUCCGCCAUUCCUCACCUACUCAGCAAGUACAACUUCGAGUUUGUUGACGAACAAGGGAACGUGGUAGCGCAGACACCAGGCAGCGGCCCUGGCGAAGGCGACCACGUACCAAAAACCAAAGUCCUCGCUGGCGGCGAUGACGUGGAUAUGAAGCAGGAGAACGGCGCACAUUAAAGAGUUCGUCGCGUAAUAAUAGGAGUCGCAACAUAUAGCAGGGUCUAAAAAGGAUGAGAGUCUGUCUAUGUUACCUUUUUUUUUCUUGUUAGAGCAAAAUCACCCGUUCAACACACCUGGAACUGGAGAGGCGUUGGGAGUUAUGGGAACCGGGGCACCUUGGCUUGAUUCGUCCGAUGUGCAGAAAACAAAAGGUCUGAUACACUGCGGCCACAAAUCACGAGCAUCGCGGAAUGUGGGCAACAGAAUCGAAAUAUGCAGGUUCCCGACAGUCAAUUGAAGCCAUGCUGACGAAUUACAUCUUCUCGCCUUGGAUUGUGGCAACGAUCUUGCGUUGAUGCUUGGAAGCUCUGGACGCCAUUACGAAAUACCGAGUGUUAGAGAUCCUCUAGAAAAGGAAUGCGAGGGUGUCACGCCGUGCUUACCUGAAUUCGAGAUACCUAUUCAAAAUUAGGCAUAGUUAGCGCAAUUCUUUGAGUAUACAGUAGUACGUUUUUAUAUCUAGAACUAUUCUGGUUCCAGUACAAAAACGCAACAGAGUGAGAUAGUAGACCGGACUCACCAGAUUCCUUG